AUGAGGUCAGAGCUCCCGGGAGAAACAGAGAUACUGUACUUCCUGCAAACUCAGUCAGAGAAGAAGAACGGCACUGACAGGUAACACAAGGAGCAAUAAAAGUCAGAGUUAAGUUAUGGAACAAAAAGAGGUUUUUAUCUACAGCUUCAAAUGUUUAAUAUCAUCACAAACAUGUAAAAUCAAAGGAGGAGGAGCAGGAACAUAUUUCAGGAUUGAUGCUCUUGAACAGGCUGAGAGUGUGAGAAAUAACAGCACUCGGCUAAGUAAUCACUGAGUCAUCACUGCUAUUGUUUAGCAACCUCCCACAGUCAGUGAAUAUUAUAGUCAUUGUGAGAUAUGAGACAGUAAAAACAUCACUUAUUACUUUAGACCAUUAAUCUCCACUACUGUGCCGGGAUGUGAGGCUGCAGCUAAUGAUUAUUUUCAUUACAGAUUAUCCCACCAAGUGUCGUCUUCUUCUUCUUUGUGGACUAUUAACUCUGCCCAGGAAAGUUUUCCUGCACAUUUAAGUUGCUUGUUUUGUCAAUUGUCCUCAGAGUGUGAUCAAUUAAAACCAAAGCACGUUUACGGAAAGUUGCAUCAGUGUUUGUUUUAUCUUCUCUGCUCAUCUGACACCUGUUUAACAGCUGACAAUCGUGAUGUAACUCCUGUUUUAUAA